CUCCCUUCCCCCAUUUUAAAUAUGUGACUGUCUCCUUUCUUUUUCUUGUCUCUGCUGUCCCACAGUGGAGAGAGAGAGAGAGAGAAGCUGCUAAAGAAAGGUGCUGCCCUUGCUUGCUGCUUCCCGAAAGGGUGUCUUGUGUGCAGAAACCUCACCGCUGUGUAUUCACAUCUUGUUCACGUCAUUCCCCCGCUCUCUGGAGGUUGCAGACACCCGAGCUGCUGCCGUCUCGUUUUGUUUUGUGGAUGAGUGGGUCAUGCAUCUGCUGCCUGUGGAAGGGAAUUGAGCUUUUAACUAUGUGAAGUAGGAGCCAUUGGGGCUGAGUUCUUCGCUUAAUGCAGCCUCAGAGUAGAGGGCAGCCAAGCAGAACCUUAAAGUAUUUUCCUCUAUCUUAAAGACAUGGACUUAGCCAAGGUGGCAGUGAGCAUCAACAAGGCCAUCAAUGCACAGGAAGUGGCUGUUAAGGAGAAACAUGCCAGAACCUGCAUCCUUGGGACACACCAUGAGAAAGGUGCUCAGACAUUCUGGGCUGCUGUCAAUCGUCUGCCUCUCUCCAGUAAUGCUGUGCUGUGCUGGAAGUUCUGCCAUGUUUUUCAUAAGCUGCUGCGAGAUGGGCACCCCAGUGUCCUGAAAGAUUCUUUACGAAACAAAGCAGAUCUGAGUGAUAUGAGCAGAAUGUGGGGUCAUUUGAGUGAAGGCUAUGGCAGGCUGUGCAGCAUCUACCUCAAACUACUCAUCACAAAAAUGGAGUUUCACACAAAGAACCCACACUUCCCUGGCAAUCUACAGAUGACUGACCGGCAACUGGAUGAGGCUGGAGAGAAUGAUGUAAAUAACUUCUUCCAAAUGACAGUGGAGAUGUUUGACUAUCUAGAAUGCGAGCUGAACCUUUUUCUUGCAGUUUUUAGCUCUCUGGACAUGUCUCGAUCAGUUUCUGUCACGGCAGCUGGGCAGUGUCGACUGGCCCCGCUCAUUCAGGUCAUUUUGGAUUGCAGCCAUCUGUAUGACUACACUGUCAAACUGCUCUUCAAACUGCAUUCCUGUCUACCAGCUGAUACCCUGCAGGGUCACCGUGACCGUUUUCUGGAGCAAUUCAAAAAGCUGAAAGAUCUGUUUUAUCGAUCAAGCAAUCUGCAGUAUUUCAAGAGGCUAAUUCAGAUUCCACAGCUUCCUGAUAGCCCUCCAAACUUUUUACGUGCCUCAGCACUCUCUGAGCACAUAAGCCCAGUGGUGGUUAUUCCUCUGGAAGCGUCAUCCCCAGAUAAUGAUCCUGUAUUGGAGACAGAAGACCUAAUUGAUACGGAUUCAGCCCCACAAAUGAGUACUUUUGAAAACAAGUUUGAUGAUGUCUUUGGAAGCUCCUCAGCCAGUGACCCGUUUAACUUCUCCGGUCAGAAUGGCACAUACCGAGAUGACAAAGAUCGACUGAUUGAGCAGUUGUACCAUGAGAUUAGGGCCCUCAGAGAAGAGAUGGACACUUUUAAGACUGAAAGUCAUCGCUUGUGCCAGGCGCUGAGGAGUCGUGUUAGUGAGUUGGAAGCUGAGUUGGCAGAACAGACUCACCUGAAACAGCAGGCCUUGGGUGACAGCGAGUUUUUACGGGCUGAGUUGGAGGAUCUCCGGAGAGUGAAGGAGGAUACGGAGAGGGAGCAAAGGAGUGUCACUGAGAUAGAGAGAAAGUCACAGGCCAAUGAACAGCGUUACAUUAAACUAAAAGAAAAAUACACUGAACUGGUUCAGAGCCAUGCUGACCUACUGAGAAAGAAUGCAGAGGUAACCCGUCAAAUGACUGUUGCCAGAGUUGCCCAGGAUGAGGUGGUAACCAUUCGGAAGGAGAUGGAAGAAAAAUUGAAGACGACCUUGGAGGAAGCUCAGCAAAAGGAGCAAGAACAGAACAAGAGGUUGCAGGCACUAUGUGCAGAGCUGGCUUCAACUCGCGAGGAGCUGGUGUCUCAACAGGUGCUUGCAGAGCUUAAUUCAAAGAUCCAAACUCUUGAACAGGAAAAAGACAGUCUGACUGAAAUGAUGACUCAGAAGAUUACAGAAGUGUCUUCACUUAAUGCUGAGCUACAGCGAGUACAGGGUGCUCUUGAAAGUGAGCAGCAGAGCAGUGCCAAAGCUGCAGAGGCACUACAGAACCAGCUCAAUGAGAAGGAGACGCAGGAGCAGGCUUUGGGGCUUCAGCAUGACAAAGAUCGUCUGGCUCUGUUUUACCUGACUUUGGAAGAAGCAGAAAAAAUUGUACAAGAUGCACUGGCCCGGCUAGAUGACCCAGCCCAUGCCAGCUGCACCUGCUCAGCUGACUACCUGAUCUCCAGGAGUGAAGCUGCUCUGGACUCUGUGGGACACCUGGAGGUUGCUGUGGAGCAUUUUAUGGCUGACAGGAGAGGUUUGAAUGAGAUGCUGCAGUGUGUGGCUCCUUUUGCCCACCUUAUUGGAGACACCAUCGUUCAAGGCAGUGCCACUUCUCACAUGGCCCCUAUUCAACAGGCAGACUUACUGUCAGAAGCAGUAAAAACCUGUGGAGCAGAAGCUUUGUCUUAUCUUCAGCUGCUCAAGAAGGUGGAGACUCUUGCUAAUGCCGAAAGUGCGACACUCAAAGGAUGUUUAUCAAAGAUUAAUUUGAUCGGUGAGGGCCUGAGACCUAAGGGUCUAGACCUGAAACAGGGAGAACUAGGAGACUUGGUGGAGGAGGAAAUGACAGCCACUUUUUCUGCAGUGGAAUCAGCUGCUAAAAGAAUUGAGGAAAUGUUGAGCAAAUCGAGAACUGCUGACACCGGUGUGAAACUUGAAGUCAAUGAGAGAAUUCUAGCUUCCUGCACUGACUUGAUGCAGGCCAUCAAAGUACUUGUGCUGUCUUCCAAGGACCUGCAGCGGGAAAUUGUUGAGAGUGGCCGUGGGGCUGCAUCCAUGAAAGAGUUCUAUGCAAAGAAUUCAAGAUGGACAGAGGGGCUCAUCUCUGCCUCUAAAGCUGUGGGAUGGGGCGCAACAGUCAUGGUUGAUGCAGCAGAUCUGGUUGUGCAAGGCAAAGGCAAGUUUGAGGAUCUAAUGGUUUGUUCACACGAGAUUGCAGCAAGCACAGCACAGCUAGUAGCAGCUUCUAAAGUCAAGGCUGACAAAGACAGUGCUAACCUGUGCAAGCUGCAGACAGCGUCUCGUGCAGUCAAUCAGGCCACUGCAAGUGUCGUCGCCUCUACAAAGUCGGGGAAAUCCCAGAUUGAAGAAAAAGAUACUAUGGACUUCUCCAGUAUGACACUAACGCAGAUUAAGAGGCAAGAGAUGGACUCCCAGGUCAGGGUACUCGAGCUGGAAAACCAAUUACAGAAAGAGCGCCUGAAAUUGGGAGAGCUGAGAAAGAAGCACUACGAACUGGCUGGAGUGGAAGAGGGCUGGGAAGAGGAAGGUACGGGCUGAUUGGGACGUGGAGGCAGUGGCACCAGACUCAAUUCAGCAAUGCGCUGCUAAGCUCCUGGCAGCGGCUUCUUCCUUCCUUUUUCUUGACUCUGGUUUCCUUCUUUAAACUUCAAUAAGCUGCCCUGAUCAAGUUUGGUCAGACCUGCUGCCAUUACAGCCCUAGACUGUAGAGUCUUCAUGUUAGUGGUCCAUAAAUGAAUUUCAAGAAAAAUAGGAAGCUGACGUGGUGCUACCCACCACCAGCCAGGCACUUUUUUUUUUUUGUCUUCCCCUGGCUGCCCUCUUGUGGUUGAAUGUGGGAAGCCGCUCGGAUUGGAAGGGAGGAAGGAAUGGGUCCUAGUGCCACUCUCUCCUCUGUUUUCCAGUUCUAAAGAGUUUGUUUAUUUAUGAGCAGUGUUAAACAAAGCACAUGCCAUGUUUUUUGGUGCAUAUACAGAAGCAAGCACUGCCAAAUUAAUCCUUAUAGACCACCAUAAUAUUAGGUCAGGGGCCACCUAAAUGGCCCCUUUCUCCUAUCUGGGGUGGUCUGUCUAUCCUGGUCCCUUAAGCACCUCGCUGCCUUAUAAGCAUACAGGUGCUUCAGUUUCCACAUACAUGCCAUGCAAGACCAUAGUGCUUUGGUCUAACUUGUGUGGAUCGUAAGUGGUGACCUUUCCUGUAGCCUCCUUACCUGCCCCAACCCCCCCACCAAAGCCCCCUGCCAUCCUAAAUCCUCUGAACCACUAGGCAGGCCUAGCCUGCAGUGCACAAAGAGGUUGAACUUUUGCCUCCAGAUGCUUCCAGAGCAGACAGACAUCUGUCUGGGACCUCAACUAGCCAGAUUUCACAUUUCAAAAAGAGACACAAAAACUGUGCAUUUUUAUUUAUUAUACUUAUUUUUGUAAGCCGCUCUCUUUCUAUUACUAGUGAUUUGCACACUUGCACGUUUCUCAGUAGCAUUAAUGGCAGAGUUGGGCCUCGCUUACAUACAAACUUGAGCACCUUUUCAAUUCUGGGUGGGUGCAGAGUGUACCUCCAUGUAACUUUUAGGUUGAGAAGCCAAUUCAAAGGUCAACAACAGUCAGUCAGUAUUAGAGGGGGUUAAAGCUGCUACUCAUCCUCAUCCUCACCCUGUGCAGCCCCAUCGGUGUUUGUGUGCGGAGCCCGGCUCCACUUACUCUCAUCGUCUACCCUGUUUUUAUCUUUUUUUGCUGAGUUUUCACACUGAGCAUUUAUAUCUUCAUUUUAUUUUUUUCUUGGUAAGAAAACAUGUUUUGACUGAAAUCGGUUAUUAAGGACUUUUUCUAGCUUGGUUUAACUGGUUAGCCAGACUGGACUUGGCUGACCAGCCCUCAAUGCCCACAGUGUAAAAAAACAAUAAAAAUCGUCACAAAUUCA